AUGGAAAAACCAGCGGAUUCCGCCGCCGCUGCCGCCGGUGCUAAGACGCCGUCAGAGCCUCCAGACUCGGAAUUACAACCAACACAUUCCAAGGAAUCGAUGAUUGUUAAUCUCCGCAAACUCUCUGACGGCCUCUCCGUGUUCCAGCGAUGCUUGACUGAGCUAGAACAGCACAUUGAUUCCGUCCGGACCUCAAUCGUCUCCUCUAUGCUACUACUGCGAAACAAUGAACAGUCAACGAAUAACACUCCGUCAGCAGCGGCACUCCCAGCCCCACAGCCAGAACCAGAGCCAUCUUGUGAAUCUGACCCCUCUGAGGUGGAAGAUGAAAAUGAAGAUGAAGAUGAAGAUGAAGAUAACGAUGAAGAGGAAGGGGAAGAGGAGGAGGAGGAGGAGGAGGAGGAGGCGAAAUCCCCUUGUCGUUCAGAGCUGGAAAUCCUGUGCGAAACGAUGAACAGCAUUGGUCUGAAGGAAUACAUGAUAACGCAUCUCUCAGAUAUAAAUGGCCUCCGUGAACAAGUCCCUAAGGCAUUGAAACUCUCGCCCAAUCCUGCUAGGCUUGUAUUGGAAUGUAUUAACAAGGGGGGAAGCGAAAGGUAUGUUAAUAGCUCAAGAUCAUUAGCUUCUGUAUUGACUUUGGAGUGCUUGUUAUUGGCUGCUAUUGAGAAUGACAAAGGGGCCAAGGAAGACGCGGAGCAGGCAGCUUUAGCAUGGCGGGAGAGAAUGAUUUACCAAGGAGGUGUAAUAAAGGCUCACGAAAUGGAUGCCCGAGGUUUGUUGUUGCUCAUUGGGUGUUUCGGGAUCCCACAAGCAUUUACAAAUCUGGAUAUCAGAUAUUUGGUUACGGUUAGUGAUGCCUGGGUGAUUUCUGGUGCCCUCAGGAGAUCAAGUGUUCUCAUGGAAAAGAUCCCAGAAAUAAUUGGGUGGAUGUUGAAGCAAAAUAUAGUAGUUGAGGCCCUUGACAUUGCCUAUACUUUUGGAAUGGAGGAGAGAUUUAACCCUCGCAGACACUUGACAUCAUUUUUACAUAACUCUGAAGUGUCAUUAUUGAACAAAACUAAGGGACUCGAACAAGGUAUUACUGUGCGUUCAGUUAAAAAGAAGCAUUUGUCUCAUCUGAAAUCUGUCAGCGAAUGUUUGGGACAUCACAAGAUUGAUCCUACAAAACUCCUUCCUGGGUGGCAAAUCGAUAUGAGAAUUAUGAACUUGGAGAAAGAAAUUGCUGAGUUAAAUAAGCAUAUAGGUGAGAAAGAACUUGCUGAAUUGACUAUGCGUAUAGGUGAUCAGAAGAUGGCACAAAAGAGAAAAAAUGAUGAGAUUGAGUCGUCGUCUUCUGGUAGUUUCAGCAACAAAGAAAUGAGACACUCACAUUUUCCGAAUCCAAAUCCAUGGCCACCACAACAACAAAGAGUUGUUAAUCAUGUUGAUGAUAGCAAUAACACCUUAUUAGGGGGUGGUGGAACUGCUGGCCACAAUUAUGGUUAUUCUCAAUCCCCAUCUGUAUUGCAUGGAACUGUUACAGGCUCAAUACACGAAAAUGUUGUUGGCUCACUGGCAGGACCUGUGGGAGGUGUUGUGGCCAUGGAUGGCGCUGGUGCAGGUAAACCAGUGCAAGGAGGUUCAGGUGUUGAUCAUACACCCGGGCAAAUAGGAAGUCAUAUUGGUCAGUUAUAUGGAUCGCAUGGUGAUGCAGCCAUGUAUGACAAACUGGCCUCCCACAGCUAUGCUUAUAGGCCAUCCUCCUACUUGGAAGGCUCAAGCUCUACGGGAUUGCCAAGCACUACACCCGGUGAUGCUUAUAGGCCAACACCAUAUAUGGAAAGCUCUAAGGCGUUUCCAAACACCAUAUCUGGUGAUGCCAAUAGACCACCACCAUACUUGGGAGGCUCUGCGGGGUUGCCAAACACCAUAGCUGGUGACGCUUACAGGCCUCCACCAUACUUGGAAGGCUCUAUAGGGUUGCCAAACACCAUACCUGCACCAUAUCAGUUUGCUGAUACUGUUCCAGCAAGUGAACUACACCGAAGCAGUGGCUCACGAGCAGAUCAUGUCCCAUCUGCUGCAGUUGCUCAUCCUUCAUCCUACUUGUACUGGAAGAGAUAG